UUUGUGUAUUAAUAUCUCCUUUGAAAAUUAAUGUAGUUUUGUAUGUACACGCCGAAUUAUUUAGAAGUACUUCCAACUUUAAAAAUCGAUUUUCAAGAGAUGGCACCAAUCAAGAAUUACUGCAUAUAACAGAUAAAAUAACCCUAUGCUCGGUUACCAAGUCGCCAUUACUGUAUGAACGAGAGAGAAGAUGGGUGUAAUUGGACAGUUCCUACUCGACAACGCUACUGUAUUAUAGGAUAGGAUGCUGUUCCAGGCAUUUAUUCUCCAAAGAUAUAGCGGAUCAGUUUAAUCAAAGUAUAGCACCUUACUAAUUUAAAAAUGAAAGUGUUUUGGUUUAUAUUGUGUUUAUUAUUGACAUUUUUUGAUUACGCGAUUGGUGCAAAAAUCCUUGCCGUUUUUCAUGCACCGAGUUUUAGUCAUUACAUUUUAGGUGUAAAGUUACUCAGAGCUGUUGCAGAAAAGGGACAUCAUGUCACCAUGAUUAGUCCGUUUCCACUAAAAAACCCGCCAAAAACAUGGAGAGAUAUCGUACUUGAAGAUCUUACAAAAGGAUUUAGUUUUGGCAAUAUUCUCAAUCUGGUCACGAUGUCCAGUUACCGAAAAGAAAUAAUGAUCAAUGCGGCUGGAUCGGAAUUGGUACAAAGAGUUGUGACACAUCCUUCAUUCAAGAACGUGAUCAAUUCAAACGAAACGUUCGAUUUGAUUGUACUUGAGAGAUUUAUGAAUGAAGCAUUAUUAGGACUUUCACAUCGAUUCAAUGCUCCUUACAUAGUACUUAGUUCGACUGGAUAUUCGAGAAGGACGAAUGAAGUGGUUGGUAAUCCUGGAUCUACUGCUUACACCCCUGAUUUAUAUUUACACUACGGCUACAACAUGACAUUAUGGCAAAGAUUCCACAACACAUUCUUUUAUUGUUUUGCAAUGUUACAUAAACAUCUUGUCGUACUUCCGAAACAUAGAAACAUCCUAAAGGAGACAUUUCCGGAUGCCCCUUCAUUGGAGGAUUUGUUUUACAACACGUCUUUAAUCCUACUGAAUGCCCAUGUCAGUGUGAAAUAUGCGGUUCCAUCUGUUCCAAAUAUGAUUGACAUCGGGGGAUUUCAUGUUAGUCCUCCGAAACCAUUAUCCGAAGAACUUAAAAAGUAUAUGGAUGAUGCCUCCGAUGGUGUUAUUUAUUUCAGCUUAGGGUCAAUAUUUCUGUCGAAAGAUAUGGCACCAGAAAUAAGAAAUACUAUUUUACGGGUAUUUUCGAAACUUAAACAGAAAGUUGUUUGGAAAUGGGAAGACGAAAAUAGUACAUUUUCCAAACCACCUAAUGUGAGAUUUGAAAAAUGGGUUUCACAGCAAGAUAUAUUAGCACAUCCAAAUUUAAAAUUAUUUAUUACUCAUGGAGGUUUACUUAGUAACAUUGAAGCAAUUUACCAUGGUGUACCCCUUCUGGUCAUACCAAUCUUUGCGGAGCAGUUUAUGAACGCUGCAGAUAUUGAAUCGUUGGGCUAUGGUUUAAAACUUUACUAUGCGGAUAUAACUGAGGAGAACUUCAGUUAUCUUGUAAAUGAAUUAUUGAAUAAUACAAGAUACAAAGAAAACAUAAAACUUCGAUCAAAAAUUCUCCACGACCAAGAGACAAAACCCAUGGACAGAGCUUUAUGGUGGAUUGAGUAUGUUAUUAGGCAUAAAGGGGCGCCACAUUUGAAAUCUGUUACCCUAAAUUUAAAAUGGUAUCAAUAUUUUCUGUUGGACGUUCUUGCGCUUGCUAUUGUUAUAAUUGUAUUUACAGUUGCUGUUACAGUAAUAUGUCUAAAAAGAAUGUUUAUAAAAAGACAAAAACCGAAAACUGAUUGAAAAGCAGAUACUUAUAAGUACACAGUUUAAUAUUCCUUUUUGUUUGCGAUUACCGACUGACAGAUUUUUCUGAGGAUUAAUUUGAGAAUAUUCUAAUGAAGCUAAAAUUUGACCUCUUGUAAUGAAGGCUAUUGUUUUUAUUUUAGUAGAGCAAGAAAAAUUCAUUGAUUCUUUCAAUUGAGAACAUGACUUUAUUUAAAUACAAGGUUUAGUUUUACGAUAUCAAAAAUAAAUAAGUGUAACUGUGUUAUUUAUUUUACGUUUGUUAUAUGUAUAUUCCAUACAGUGAAAUAGUUAUAAUACCUACACAAUUUUUGUUCUACUUUUUAUCGAAUGCAUAGCCA